AGACGGGUCGGUGUCGAUCAAGAGCGCAAAGUCGGGCGAGUACCUCGGUGCGUUGGAGGGGUAGACCGCCGGGAAAUGUGCAGCGCGCGGGGGACCAGAUCUUCAGAAUUGGCGUCGUCUGGCUGCGCGUGUUGCGGCUGGAGCCUUGCAACAGUGGUCUACUCUUCGAAGGCUCAGAAGCGGCCCUCCGCCGCUGUAGUCACGCGUCAGCAAGUGCCGCGCAGGCCAUCACAAGAUAGAGCGCGCCCGCGACGGGGAUAAGCUGGUCGCGGUUAUGCUCAGGCAAGCCA